AUGAGAGACUCUUCUUGCGUUUUCCUCCCAACCCGCAGUCACCUCUCCCUCCCAUCCCGCCGUCACCUCUCCCUCAAAUCCCGCCAUCGCCUCUCCUUCCUUCCCAGCCGCCGUCUCCGCUUCCCCCCAUCCCGCCAUCGCCUCGCCCUCCCUCCCCGCCAUCGCCUUUCCCUCCUCUCCACCGUCGCCUCUCCCUCCUCCCUGUCGUCGCCCCUCCCUCCUCUCUGCCGUCGCCUCUCCCUCCUCCCCACCGUCGCCUCUCCCUCCUCCCUGCCGUCGCCUCUUCCUCCUCCCCGCCGUCGCCUCUUUGCACGCUGCUGUUGCAUGCUUUCGCCUCCCGUGCUCUUCACACGGGCUCCAGUGCAAGCCCCACUCCCCGCCGUCGCCUCUCCCUCCUCCCCGCCGUCGCCUCUCCCUCCUCCCCGCCGUCGCCUCUCCCUCCUCCCCGCCGUCGCCUCUCCCUCCUCCUUGCCGUCGAUUCUCCCUCCUCCCAGCGUCGCCUCUCCCUCGUCCCCGCCGUCGCCUCUCCCUCCUCCCCGCCGUCGCCUCUCCCUCAUCCUCGCCAUCGCCUCUCCCUCCUCCCCGCUGUCGCCUCCGGCAACAUGUGCCCAGAGCGCAAGUGCGGGUUGGAGCGUGAGCGCGAGUUAG